UCUGGGGGCGUCUGCGCCGACAAACGGAAGUGUGGGUGACGGUCUGAGACAUCACCGCCAAGCUGGGAACUGGGGAGAUGGCCGAGACUGACCCCAAGACCGUGCAGGAUCUCACCUCGGUGGUGCAGACACUUCUGCAACAGAUGCAAGAUAAAUUUCAGACCGUGUCUGACCAGAUCAUUGGAAGAAUUGAUGAUAUGAGUAGUCGCAUUGAUGAUCUGGAGAAAAACAUCUCAGACCUCAUGACACAGCCUGGGGUGGAAGAACUGGAAGGUGAAAAGAUACCCGCCACACCAAAGAGUUGAAGGUUGCUAAUAAUUUACACUGAAAUCUGGAACGCCGUUUUUCCAAGCCAAGAGAAGACCAAAUGGCUUUCUCAGCUAACUGUUAUGUGUAGACAGGUUUUGUAUUAUGAAGUGUGCGUUCUUAUCACCGACUGUAUACUUAUAGAGUGAGUUUCCCCCAGUUUCUUGAACAUCUUGGACCUUGGUCAGUUGUGCUAUUAAUUAUUAAACACUAAAACCU